AUGGCGACGGCGGCUGCGGCGUCGAUCCCUGCAACUUCUUGUUCUCAUUUGUCGAACAGCUUAACCGAACCAUCAAGGUCAAAUGGAAAUAUGGUUCACCAUUCUUCAUCUCCAUAUGUAGUAUAUCCACCUGAUAAGCCUUUUCUUAAUAGUGAUAUGCGACGCUCCCCAAAUAAGCCUACAUUUGCCUAUCCGGAAAGCAACAGUAGAGCCAUAUUUUCUGCUUUGAAGAAUCUUCAAGAGAAGAUUCGACGUUUGGAACUUGAAAGAAUUCAGGCAGAAGAAAGUGUGAAAACUUUGUCUAGAGAAACAAGUGAAUACAAGAAAGUACUGGAUGAACAAAUACAGGAAAGGGAAAAUUCAAAGAAUGAGGAAUCAAAGCACAAUCAAGAACUGGCUUCUCAGUUGUUAGCUGCAGAAAGUAAAUGUAAUCUUUUAGAAAAACAACUGGAAUACAUGAGAAAUAUGAUAAAGCAUGCAGAAAUGGAGAGGACAUCUGUCUUAGAGAAACAGGUUUCCUUAGAAAGAGAACGACAACAAGAUCAAACUCAUGUUCAUACCAAACUUGAGAAAUUGGAUCUUCUUGAACAGGAGUAUAACAAACUCACCACUAUGCAAGCCCUUGCAGAAAAAAAAAUGCAAGAGUUAGAAGCAAAGCUCCGUGAAGAAGAACAAGAAAGGAAACGUAUGCAAGUUAAGGCAGCCCAGUUGCAGACUGGUCUAGAAACAAAUAGGCUUAUCUUUGAAGAUAAAACAUCUCCGAUUGUUGCCAGUACAAGAAGAAUUAAAAAAAAGAAGUCAAAACCACCAGAAAAGAGAGGUUCUAGAAACUAUUUUGCUGCACAACCACAUUAUAGAUUAUGCUUGGGUGAUAUGCCAUUUGUAGCUGGAAAGUCCACCAGCCCUAGCCAUGCUGUGGUAGCCAAUGUUCAGCAUGUCUUGCAUCUAAUGAAGCAACACAGUAAAGCCUUGUGCAAUGAUCGAGUAGUCAACAAUGUUCCUUUGGCAAAGCAAGUGUCUUCACGAUGUAGUAAAAGUAAGAAGUUAACACCAUCGUCUUCCAACACCAUUAAUGAAGAGUUGUCAGAAGUCUUACAGACUUUGCAGGAUGAAUUUGGGCAAAUGAGCUUUGAUCACCAGCAGCUGACAAAACUUAUCCAGGAAUCACCAACUGUUGAACUGAAAGACGACUUAGAGUGUGAACUGGAGACAUUAGUUGGAAGGAUGGAAGCAAAAGCCAACCAAAUAACUAAAGUUCGAAAAUAUCAAGCCCAGCUGGAGAAACAGAAGAUAGAAAAGCAGAGGAAAGAAUUAAGAGCCACUAAAAAGUCUCUUGAUGAAGAAGGAAACAGCAGCAGCCGUUUUUCUGGGACUACAGGGGCCACCAAUAAGAAAGACUUUACCAAACUGAAACCUGGAGAAAAAAGCAGGAAAAAUCUUCAGUUAUUGAAGGACAUGCAGACCAUACAGAAUUCAUUACAAAGCAGUAGUUUGUUGUGGGACUACUGACUGGUACCAGGUCAUAAAUUUUAUUCAGAUAACCUGUACUUCAUCAAACAGAUGUUGCCAAUUUACUUCCCAGGUCUCAUACUCUUCUUCUAUUGGAAUUAAUUGAUAGCAGGUGUUAAAGAGACCACCAGCUUCAUUGAACUGUCUCCUUGGGUUAGACAGCACGGCUAAAUGUUAAGCCAUAUACAUGGAAAACAGGGGUUUUUAAAGGCAGAGAAUCCACAUACACUCUUCUUUGUUUGAGAUGGAUUUUGCUGUACUGCACUUUGUAAAACGAUGACCAAUUUUUU